AUGUCACAAGCCAGCGCCUUCCACGAACAGCUACAAGAUAUCGACCAUGCUCUUGCCGCCUACAGAAAAAACCAGCGGUUCGUGAAACCUACUGUUCAGCAAAGGCUGAAUCCAAGUCUGAGUAACUCAAGAGGUCUGAAGUUCACCUCUCAGUUCCAGCACCAGCCUCACCAGACGUUCCACCAAAUGCCCCAGAUUUCCCAAGGCUCGCAUGCUGCUCAUGUUCCUGGCCUGAUUCAGUCCUACCAGGCUCCAGUCCAGCAGUCCAUAAGUCCAUUGGUGCAACAGCCGAUCAUGUCUCCGUUCAUGAAGCCUCAAAAUGGAUCUGCAUCUGGCUCUGGUUCUAUUUCCUCAAGCUCGUCUGCCUCCACAUCUGCCUCCUCCAUAGAGGAUAUUCUGAGUCCUAGGUUUGACCCAUUCUCGGUGAAGCUUCCUCGCUCAACCGAAAUUGUCGACCUGAACCUGUCGACAGGGAAACUGGACGAGAACAAGCAGUUUGGUGCUUUCAGAAGCAACAUCUGGGGAAACGACAUGUCCGUGUGGGGCUGA